CCUGUCCCUGUCAAUCAGAGCGUGGGUCUGGCUGGAUUCCCAGGCGAACGGGGCAAAGAUGGCAGCCCGGAGGCUGCUGUGGACUCCUUUCCUUGUGGUGGUGUUCCUGGCUGGGCUCCUGGCUGCUCUCCCCGAUCGGAACGUCUCCCCCGUGGCCGGAGCCAUCUUCGUCCAUGAGCUGAAGAGGGAGCAUUUCCAGGGGGCCUUUCCCUCCAUCCGCAAGAACUACAGCGAGAUCCCGUCCGACACCCCCAUCACCUUCCACGCCCAGCUGCUGGGAUACCCCGACCUGCCCAGGUGGCUGCGGUACACCCAACGCGGGCCGUACCGGCCAGGCUAUCUCUACGGGUCACCCACCACGAAGGACGUCGGCAGGCAGCUCAUCGAGGUGACGGCGUAUAACAGACACACCUACGAGACUGUGCGGCAAAGGGUCAUCUUCACCAUUGUCCCCUCCCCAGACGCCCAGAUGCCGUACCAGGCAGAGUUCUUCGUGAAGAACCGAGACGUGGAGGAAGUGCUGCCAGCGGAUGCGCAGAAGCAGUUCCAGCAAGCCCUGGACAUCAUGCUGGAGCAGAAGGACUGGAGUAUCAUCAACAUCACGUCGGCCUUGGACCGGGGAGGCCGUGUGCCCCUGCCCAUCGAGGGCAGGAAGGAGGGGGUUUACAUCAAGGUGGGCUCCCGCAGGCCUUUCUCCGACUGCCUGCUGGAGACCAAGUCCUCCGACAACCAGUUCAGGUGCAGCUUGGAUCAGCAGCCGGUCAUUACCUGCUACGACAGCUUCAGCCCUCAAUUCAGAGUCGACUGGUGCAACAUUACCUUGGCCGAUCUCUCCAGCCUCGGUGUCAUGGAGGAGGUGCCCGUCUGGGGCGACGGGGUGCUGGAAGAUGGCAGCGAAUACAACCCCCCCACGGACUCCCCUGAGAAGGCCUUCUUGGCUGACUAUCUACUGACCAUCUUGCUACCUCUGCUGGUGGCCCUCCUGCUCUGCCUCCUCCUGGCCUACAUCAUGUACUGUAGGAGGGAGGGAGUGCACAAAAGGGAUCUGAAGACCUCGGAUGUCCAGAUGGUGCAUCACAACACAAUCCACAGCAACACGGAGGAGCUGAGGCACAUGGCCAGCAGCCGGGACGUGCCCCGCCCUCUCUCCACCCUGCCCAUGUUCAACGUGCGCACGGGCGAGAGGAUCUCCCCCCUGCAGGGCCGUCAGGACAGUGCCCACGUCCCGCUCAUCCUGGCCCAGCAGUAAAGACCAGCAUGGGGCAUUCCAGUCUCUUGACUCCCGGGGAUGCGCUGCAAACCGCCAAGGAAUCUUUUGUUGGUUGGGGAGAUGGGGAAAAUCUUGUUUUUCCACUGGGAGAAAUAGAGGAACAUGGGGGGACUAAAGAGAUCAGUGUGUGUCCAUCACCAGCAGGAGAGAGGCGGGGAAGGAAUAAACAGCAGUGAUUGAUUAAAACACCAAGCACUGA